GACGCUUUUGAGAUGUGGUGCUGGCGACGUAUGCUACGAAUACCAUGGACGGCCCGCCGCACCAACAUAUCUAUUCUCAGGCAGUUAAAAAUAGAAAAGAUUCAACGUCUAUCCACAAUCUGCCUACAAAGAAUAUUGCGGUAUUUUGGUCAUGUUGCACGUAGGGAUACCAGCAAUUUGGAACGCCUUGUGGUGACCGGUAAAAUAGAGGGAAAAAGGCCUAGGGGUAGAGGUCCCAAACGAUGGUCGGACCAAAUAGCGGAGGAACUGGGGAUACCUAUCAGCGACGCACUCCAUCGGGCUGCAGGGCGGGAUCGAUGGAGACGGUUGGUUGACGAAAUCGGACGGAGUCACGAUCCUCAGCAGUGAGGAACCGAUCGAAGAGAGAGAGAGAAUAACUGGUGAUGAAAAGUGGAUCAUGUACGACAAGAAUGUGCGAAAAAGGUCGUGGUCAAAGGCCAGUUAGGCUUCACAGACUGUGGCGAAACCCGGGUUAACUCACGACAAGGUGAUGAUGUGUGUGUGUUGAGAUUGGAAGGACGUUAUUCAUUAUAAACUGUUACCACCAGGCAGGACCAUCGAUUCUGAACUCUACUGCGAACAACUGAUGAGAUUAUAGCAAGAAGUUAGGAGAAAGCGGCCGGAAUUAAUCAACGGAAGGGGUGUGGUUUUUCAUUAUGAUAACGCUAGACCUCACACAUCUUUAGCCACUCAGCAAAAAUUAAGAGAGCUUGGCUGGGAGGUGUUAAUGCAUCCGCCGUAUAGUCCUGACCUUGCACCUUCAGAUUUCCACCUGUUUCGGUCUCUUCAGAAUUCUAUAGGCAUUGUCACAAGUCCAAGAUUAAUAUUUUUCACUCUGAUUGAUACUGAAAUAUCGGAGCUUUUUAAGAAAACUAUCGAAAUAUGUUAUUAUAAAUAGUUGUCCGCUAGAAUAAAAAUAAAAACAUGGUAAAUAAAUGAAAGGUUCAAUAAAAUUGAAACUAAGAUAAUUUCUACCUUCGUUAAACGUUUUAUUACGAAUAAAACCCUUUACAGUUAGGAUGGACUUUUUGUGGGUAUCAAGAUGUGAAUUAUUUGGCUUAGUGUGAUUUAAUAUAUUUUUAAAUAUUUUAAAGUUUAAUGCUAAACAUCCGCGAAAGUGUGCACAUGUGAGAAGAUCGCUGUACAGGACUUUUUGUCUUAUUUCACUUUCGUCUCAUUUGAAUUCCAUUUCAUUUCAUUCCUAAAUCAAUGGACACGUCGAUCGAUUGUUGUGCUCCUUUCACUGAUCUAUAGGUUUUUUAAGGACUUUAUGACCUGGUAACUAAGACCAUGUCUUAUUUUAUUUAUAUUCAUAUUUUUAUGAAAAAUGAUAUUAUGGAGUGAAAUGAAAUGAAGAUGAUUAAUUUGAGACAUUAAUCAACUGGGAUGAAAUUAAAUGAAAUGAUAUGAUAAAGGAUGAAAUAUAGUCUCAGUAAAAUGGUGAUCACUACUGAGAGUUUUUCAGUGGACUUUUUGGAGGAUCCCGAGAAGGUACGUCCAGCGGCUUUGUUGCAUUUUCUCACAUUUGUGCACUUUCACAGAUAUCAGUUAAUAAAUCAACGUUAUUACACAUUUAAACCUGAAGAAAUACUAAAGAGACAAUAUUAAACAAAUCACACAACUUCACUCCUCGCGUUCCCGUCAAAAGUCCUGAUCUAUGGUUCUUACUACCACGUCAAACUUCUCGGGAUCCUCCAAAAAGUCCACUGAAAAAAUCUUAGUAAAUGACCACCAUUUUACUGAGAUUAUAUUUCAUCGCAUAUCAUCUCAUUUCAAUUCAUUUCAUUUCAUCCCAGCUGAUUAAUGUCUCAAAUUAAUCAUCUUCAUUUCAUUUCACUCCAUAAUAUCAUUUUUCAUAAAAUGAAUAUGUAUAAAUUAAAAUAAGACAUGACUUAAAGGUCUCAGUUACCAGGUCAUAAAAUCCCUUAAAAAUAAAAAUACCUUACCUCCACUUUGAAUCUUGAUUUACUGCGGCUGUGCAGAAACUGCAUUUGUGCAAGUGCAAUAAAAUAGGUAGUAUUUUAUCAAAACAACACUGCGUCGCCGCAGAAUGGGUAUUGAUUAAUUCACAAUUUGAAUAAAUACCGUAAGCCCAGCAAAAUUUGUUUCAACUUUUCAAUUUUAAGUAAAUAUGUUGACAAAUAUUUUUAGUUUUCGAAUAUGUAUCGUUGUUUUUGUUGCAAUCAAAGUUUUUUCGGCCAGUAAAUGUGAUUAUGAUGUGAAAAUAGCUCAGAUACUCAUCAAUGAUGGAUAUCACAGGCAUCAUUACAGGAACCUAACCUACCACAUAAUUUUCAAUGAGGAUUCAGAGUCAAAAGGUAUAUACAAUGGAUGCAGAAUUGGCCUCGACCAGUACCUGCCUGCUGGGGUGUUUGUUAAUCCUAAUGAACUGAAUGAGUUCAAUCGUCUGGAAAGGUUGAAUGCAUUUCCGAGGGGUCGGGUCAACAUAGAGCUACCAACUGAAGAAGCAGAACCUAUAAAUGUGUUCAUUAUAAGUGAAUUGACUGAUGAUGAAAUACAAAUGUGGCUACCAGUUCAUGCUCGGUAUCACGAAUCUGUAUCUGGUGGAGGGAUGGUACAGUAUGACAUAGGACCCCCGAAAAUGUACCUAUAUUGUGCUGAUCGUAGACUGGACGUGUGCGACCGCAGUGUGUCACCAUCUGUCACUUUGACAUGUAACGGUGGUGUCAAGAUGUGCUCGUGGAGAGAUAUACCUUACACUGUGUUGACAGAUCCUCUCGUGUGGCGCGUUCCAGUCGGGAACUCCAACCACUUCUACAUCAUCGGCAUAGGUACAGCAUUCGCCAUAAUGGUCGGCACCACAAUGGUGAUCAGAGCGAUGCAUGACCACAUUUUGAAGCACCGACGUCUGAUUAUACGAUGAUUUUGUGGGCGUCUCACAAUGCGAAGGGCGGUUGAUGCUUGAAGUUCACCACCACGUUCUGUUGUUAGUAUGUUAAAAUAUAGAAUGUAUUUGACCUGCCCAUGAAGACUCCACAUGUUAGCUACUUAAGUUACUGGACACGUCAAUUAUAUAUUUUUUUAAUUUUAUUUAUUUAUGUACACACCAAAAAAAAGAAGACAUAGUACAGAGUAAUAGGAAAAUUAUGUACAAAGGCAGUGCUUAUUUCUUUAAGAAAACUCUUCCAACAAACCUGCGAGAGGAUUAUGAGAAUAAUAAUUAAAAGUGAUGAGUAAAAUAAUAAAAACAACAUUGACUUCCUGUCAAAGCCAUUUGCCAUUAAGCCACAAACAAUUUUUAAAUGAAACUUCUUUAGGGGCGUUGAGAGUAAAAUUUAAUUCUCUAGUUACGGCUAGAGAGAAAAGAUUAGAGAUGAAACGGAUAUCCGGUAACUGUUAGGUCCACACAUGAUUUCACUAUCCGGCCGGAUACCGGAUAGUAAAUCAGUAUCCGGUCGGAUUUAGAAUAGUAAUAUUAAAAAAAUAGCAUGGUUAUACAAAAGGCAAAUAAUACCACAAUAGGCUAUGGACAACUUUUAUUUUUAUAAUCGCACGUCAAAAGUGAUUGUUUUAUCAAUUAGUUUGUUUAAUACUCAAAAUUAACAAGUGGCAAAUUGUAGUGAAUGAAUACCAAAUCGUCGUCGUACCGAGUCGUCGCGAUCUUCGCUUACGUGCAACAACACCCGAACGCGCACCAAUAUUUCCGAAAGGGUCGAAUAUUCGGUAGCCGAAUAUCCGGCGCUCCGGGCUCGCACCUUGCUGAAUAUUCGGUAUCCGCUAUCCGGCCAAAGAAUCCGGCCGGAGAAAGCGAGCUAGGUCGUUUCUCUUAUACACAUUCUGUUUACGGGCGUCGGCCACUAAAUGGCUUGUUAAUAUUUUCUCAUUGCUCCUGUAGAUGGCAGUAACAUAUUAACUCCUUUUUUUCAAUGAAGGAUUUAAAACAUAUAUAAAUAUAUAACAUAUCGACGCUUGAGAGGCAAACGUGACUAAGCGACAAUGCGUGAACUUUACACUAGACUAGUUUAAAGUUGAAAUACCUGAAAACAAAAUUUAUUUUGUCGAAUCCAGCUGUAGUAGAAUCUAGCUAGUAGCUCUAGGAUUGAAAUGAUUUUAAUAGACCUAGAAAUAUAUUUUUUUUGCGCAUCGAAUAUGGUCAUUGCCUAUCAUUUUUGUACAAAGCAGUUAUUGUCGCUUAGUCACGUUUGCCUUUCAAGCGUCAAUAUAUAAAUGGCGAGGGGUCGUUUCUUUUAUACAAAACAUUCCGUAUUAUAAAAUAAAUUUGAUAUAAGGAUAAAAAAUUAAGAAAACCACAAUACACUGCAAAAGAAGUUUCACUUCUUUCACAUGUUUCAAGUUGCAUACACACCAUAAUUUUUUUUAAAUAUUAAAUUUGUUACUUCAUUUUUCUAGAAAGCUCUCUCCAGUAGUGUUAAUAGGUAGUCUUUGUUAAGUGAGUUUUUUUAGCACAUUUUAAAUAAUAAUGUUGAAGUGGUAAAUAAUAUUUUUGAGGCUCUUGGAAAUUUUAGACUGCAAUUGUUUUUAGUGAUUCCUCUAAAAUAAGAUUAAAAAGUAAUAAGUGUUUUUCGGACUAUGAUGUAUACAUGCAGAUGCAUUUACGCGCAAUUGUAACAUAGUUUAAAGUUUUAAUACUGUUAUGUUUUUUUUACUGGUGGUAGGACCUCUUGUGAGUCCGCACGGGUAGGUACCACCGCCCUGCCUAUUUCUGCCGUGAAGCAAUAAUGCGUUUCGGUUUGAAGGGUGGGGAAGCCCUUGUAACUUUAUUGUAUACCUUAGAACAUGACAUGCUUCUAGGUGCUAUCUUCAUCUCCCGAGAUAAAAUCUUUUGCUUUCAGACAGGAUUUCUUCGAAUUCUUUCCCUUGCUGCUUUGACCACCUUUUUCGUACGAACACUACGUGGACGGCGAGAUCUUUUUCUGUCACAAACAGAGGAGGUCUCAUUGCACCUAUUAAUAGCCCGGUACACAAACAUUUUACUAAUACCAAGCGUAUGGAGAGUUUUAAAAAUUGCAUUUGGCUCCAUACCUACAUUGUGUAAUGCAAUCACAGCGAUUCGGUUCUCUUUAUCACCCCACUCCAUUUUAAUAUCGCAAAAUAUUGUACAAUGUAUUGGCGCCAAAAUGAGAAAACUCAAUGAGCAAUCAUAUAAAAAUAACAGAUUCCAAAUUCAAAUGUAAUAUUUUGUUUAUUUUUAAUUAUAACAGUAUUUAUGGCCAGACUAAGUAUUAAAAUAAAUCAGGAAGCUAUAAUAAUAAAAUUAUUUACUCAUUCUAAAAAGAGAGGUCCGCUGUAGUCCAAGAUAUUUUAGUCGAUCCUAUGGUUUUAGUCUUAAAUCAUGCCGCCAUCGCAAAAUUGAACCCAUUUUAUUCUGUAAAGAGUAGACCGUAACUACUUCGUAAUGAUAUGAUCGUAACUAUAAUCGUUAAAUGUAACUACAGUAUAUACUCAGAUCUUAGAACUUAUAUUUCAAGGUGGGUGGCGGCAUUUACGUUGUAGAUGUCUAUGGGCUGCAGUAACCUCUUAACACCAGGUGGGCAGUGAGCUCGUCCACCCAUCUAAGCAAAAAAAAGGUGGAUCAAAGCGAGAAUGUUGCUCCAUCCCUAAGACAGGGUUGAAAUCCCAAUUCCAUUGUACUACGGCUGCCCCAGCCUUAGUAGCGGAAUGCAUGAUGGCUUCCCAGCAGAAAUAUGCGGACUCACAAGACGUCCUAACACUAUAUUUUUUUUUAUGUUAUUAGAACUGUGUCCAUAGUAUUAGAAGUUUUAAAUGUUCGCCAUUCCGUAUAGUUUUAACAGGGCUACAUAAACAAUAAUAUCUAGUCGUAAUUCUAAGAGAAUGUAAUAUUAAAACGAAUAAAGUUGUUUCAUUGAA